UGGUACAUACACCAUUCUGGGCUGCAGCAGAUCCAAGCACGUUUAUUAUUGUUGCUGCUUCUGCUUCUGCUGCUGCCGAGUCUGUGCCGACCGUGUUGUAGGUCUGUAGGCCGACACUCAGCUCCUGGGUCCCACCUCCUAUCACCUUACCCGGAGUUCUAUUCAUUAAUUAAGGUGUCUGGAUGCCAUCAUAGAAGAACUUCAGAGACAGGAAGAUGAAAGAUCCAAACAUAUCUUUAGCUACCAAAGACAAGGCUAUGAGGCAAUCUAUGAAAUCCUCAUCUUCUUCCAGAAGAGUUGACUCCAGACAGUCGGCGUCCACCUUGUAUAGCGAGCACGAACGAGCCUCUAACAUGUCCCCAACAGGAAACCCUGUUACAGAAGACGACUCUUCCAUUUACUCGCCAGACAGGACCGAGGAGCAACAGCCCCUCUCAGUCGCUGAAGACAAUGAGAAUAAUAGCCAAAAGCCAGACGAAGGGAGUACGGAGGUCUCUGCUCCUGACGGAGAUCUUGGCGAAGAUCUCAGAGACGGGGCGGGCACCCGCAUGUCCUUUGGCUCGCUGGUACUGCAGCAGAUGUCAGAGACAGGCAGGUUGGGUAGGUCAGCAAGGAGUUCUCCAGUCAAGCAUCUGAUGACAGGGUAUAAACCAUCCUCUGCACCACCAAGUCCAAGAAUCUGUAUUCAUAUAAAUAAGUAA